AUGCCUCGCUCGUCCGACCACUCCCGCGAUCCUUGCCCAUAUGUCAUCUUUUCUGAUCUCGGUGCCUCGUUUGCCAUGGGUGCUAUUGGUGGAGGUGUCUGGUACGGUAUCAAGGGCGCCAAGAACUCACCAAGGGGCGAGCGCUUCCCUGGUGCCCUCGUUUCCCUCAAAGCCCGUGCUCCAGUUCUCGGAGGAAACUUUGCUGUCUGGGGAGGACUCUUCUCGACCUUCGACUGUGGAAUGAAGGGUAUCCGUCAAAAGGAGGAUCCCUGGAACUCGAUUGCGUCUGGAUUCUUGACCGGCGGUGUCUUGGCUGCCCGUGGUGGCCCCAAGGUCGCCAUCACCUCCGCUGCUCUUGGAGGCGUCUUCUUGGCAGUUAUCGAAGGUGUUGGAAUCGUCCUUUCAAGAGCUUUUGCUGACCAGAACCGUCCCAUGAUGCCCCAGCUCCCUGAUAUUGCCCCACCGGCAUCUCAGUAA